GUGUGUGGAGAGUUUGUUUGGGGGAUGGGUGUAAGUGCAUGGGUGUAUGUUGAUGCAAAAAAUAUUACAUUUUAAACAGAGUUAAUAGUAUUUUUGGCAAUGACAAAAAAUGUGGGGGCUAGUGGAGUCAGGGGGACAGAAUGAGCGAGAGAGAGAAGGGGAGAGAGAGAGAGAGAUUUGAACCAUGAUUGCAGAGAGCCAUGGCUCUAGAGAGGGAUAUUGGGGUGAGAGAGAAGAGGGGAGUGUGAUGAAGAGGGAGACAGGGAUUUGCAACAGAGAGGAGAGAAAGAGAGGGGGCAGUGACACUCAGUGACAGAGUGUCAUAUGCACUUACAUGUGCACACACCCUCUCUUUUUUGUCUCUCUCUGUGAACGUGUGUCGGUAAAUCCGUCAGUAUUGUCACUUUUGUGAGGGGAAAUUGUGAGAGGACAUCCAAAUCAAUCAUCCUAUCUAUGACCUACGGACCAAGAAGAAACACACACGGACACAGGAAGACUGUUUUGUCCACAGAGGACAGUCGCCAGUCAGUCCAUUAUUGGACACCAGGGCUGUCUGAGUGUUGGGAGGCAUCAAGCCUGUUGUUGUAUAUGGACUGCUGCUGCACUAAAACAGAGAAGUGGAUUAACACACAACCCUGAAACACGGACAAACUCAGUCUGCUCCCAAAGCCGUGGCCAUGUCAUCUCCCUCUCUCCCCAUGCCCUCCCUCCCCCCCAGUCCACUGGCGAUGGAGUACCUCAAUGACUUUGACCUCCUUAAGUUUGAGGUGAAGCUUGACACUCCUCCUCUCCCUCCCCCCUGCACAUUCCCCAAGUCUAGCCUACCCCACGACCCCUCCAGUUCCCCUGGUCCCUACACCAGCCUCAGCUCUAGCCCAUACAACUCCCUGCCCCCCUCUCCAACACUGAGCGAUGCCCACCCACCUCCCUCAGCCUCUUCCUCCCUCUCCCCUUCCUCCUCCUCCUCCAUUUCCUUCCCUCUGUCCAUCUCAAACAGCUACACUUCUGGCAUCAGUUCUGGAUCUCAGGGGAACGUGGAGGGUAGCCCCUCCCAUGGGGGUGCCCAGGGUCCUAACCCUGCCUCUUUGGAGGACCUGAUCUGGCUCGCAGCGCUGCAGCAGCAGUUUGGAGGGGAAGCGGGGGGACCUGCGUCCCUGCUGGGAGGCGGGCCAGAGCGGGGAGACAGAGAAAGAGGGUCGGUCGGCAGCUUCCUGGGCUGUGAGGACGCUGUGGAGGCUCUACUGAACUCAGCUGCAGCAGCUGUUAACUCACAGUUCCCAGUGCUUUCCCAGAGUUCCAGCAGUAACCUGGGGGAUUCGGGUAGUGACAGUGGAGGUGACAUUUCCUGCGCCAAUGGGACGGAUAUGUGUCAUCGUCCACUCCUCUACCUCUCCUCUGGCCCUCAAUUGCUCCCCAACACCAACCCCUCUUCAGCAUCCUACCCACAACCCCAGAGCCCCUCUGACCGACUUCAUCACCAUCAUCCACAUCAUAAUCAUCAUCACCACCCGCACCACCCCAUGCAUGGCCAUCAUCAUCAUCAUCAUCAUCAUCACCUCCAAUGUGGUGGGGUGGAUGAUCGUUUCUCAGACGAACAGCUGGUGAGCCUAUCGGUGCGGGAGCUGAACAGACACCUGCGUGGCGUCAGUAAGGAUGAGGUGGUGCGUCUCAAGCAGAAACGUCGUACGCUAAAGAAUCGAGGCUAUGCCCAGUCCUGUCGCUACAAACGCUUGCAGCACCGCCACGCACUGGAGUCCGAGAAACACGUCCUCACACAACAGUUGGAACAGCUGCAGUGUGAGCUAUCUCGAGUGCUGAGGGAGAGGGACGCCUACAAGGCUCGCUACGAAAAGCUUGUCAGCACAAACGAGGCUCCACCUACCCACGCCAACAACCCCCCCUCACCACCAUCUGACUACUUCCUCUGAGGACAUACCCAGAGGAGAGGACAUACAAAUUUAGGGGUAAAAGAGCAGGUCAGCCUAAAUAAGGCCAGCACUGGGAAAUCAGUCUUUGGGAGGAAGGGAGGGAGGUUUGGGGGUGUGUGUGCGUGUGUGGAGGUUGUCAGGCAGGUAGUGGGGUUAGAACUAGGCCAUAUAUGACUGUGAAAUCAACCUGCUGAGCUGGCACUUGUGAUAUCACUGAUAUCACAGUGACGUUCGUGGUAGCACAAAGACUCAAUGAAACAUCUUCGGGAUGCAUCCUGCACUGGUCAAAUCAGGGCAUGGAAGGUCACAGGUCAUCCUCAAACUGAACAAACUCCAUCGUAGCAUUCAUCAACCUUAACACUAUCAACCUAUCUAUGCACAUUUAUUUCAAGCAGAACAAAUUAAAAGAUGAACUGAUAUCCAAACAAUGGUUGGGUUGAAUCCAGCCCCUGGUGUAGGUUGACUGGGCUCAUUGGAAACUCAAAGGUCUGAGUAGUGCUGUGGUAUUGGAUGUGUAGUGGUGUAUGAUCUUCAAGUGUCCAUGGCAUGCAGUUGUACUCGCCAGCAAAUAUUUCACAGUUGCCUACCAAGGUGUUUUUGCUCACCAAGACUUGUUACCCACUAUCACAUUUUUAAGAUGAAUAAUCAUAGAAAAAUAAUGUACAAGGAUCCUUUUUCUGAUAGAAUUCCUGUGGUUGUGCUAAAUGAAAAAUUGACAUAAACACUCAUGUAUAAAGUAGAUACAUAAAAAAAGAAAAAUUAAAACAUAUCCAUACUUUGCUUGUUGAAAAUAACAUACAUUUUUGUCAUAAUGACUAUGAAGAAUAAUUGCAGUGUGCUAUCUGUGAUUCGUGAACGGACCUCCAAGAGACUUCUUCUGUCAACCUGUACUGUAGGAUUUCCACAAUCAAUCAGUUGGCUCUAACAUGUGAAACAAGAAACUGUGGUUGCUGCAGUUGUUGUCGUCAAAUAGGUCUGUACAAAGAACAUCUCCCCCAAAAAGGCAACAGAGGGCUAAAUGGACUGUGUUACUAUGUUUUGUCUUCAAGCUUUUAUAAUACAAUCUAGGUUGUGCUGAAAACACUUUUGUAAGAGAGCGACAACCUUAAUGCAACAAGCACCACAGAGCUGGACACUGUGGAUUCUUAAAAAGUGGGGUGAAAUGCAAGAAAAUGUGGACAUUCAAAGACACCUCUCUUAACCAGCUCAUGAAAUGUUACCAGGGUAGCUACAUUAGAGCUAAUUGUUUUGGCUAGGUGUAGGUUAAUUAAUUGAUUUAUCUGUUUUAUUUAUUCACUUAUUCAUUCACAGUAUUUAUUAAUUGUUUAUUUAUGUACCGAUUAUUAUUAUUUUAUUUUACUGGUUUACAAUUUAAUCUACCAGCUUAGUGUGUACUUUUAUUUUCAAGCAGGAUAAAUCCAUAUUUUAAUUAUUUUUUUUGAUUAUUUUCAAUAGUAUGACUACAAUCAUUAUUGCAAUCAUGGUUGAUGCUCCUACUGUAGUGUGGUUUCCUAUGAAAUAAAGACAAUAUUUUUAUCAUC